CACCAACACUAUAAUCCAUUGAUUAACAGUGAACACAAAAGGACAUAACAGUAAAUUGUCAAAUAUCACAUCAUAUGAUCCAUGUAUUGAUAUUAUCUGUUAGUUACCAUUGAGUGGUCACUCACUGUAUGUCUCAUGAAUCUAUAAAUCUCUGCUAUAAUUUUGUUUUGUUUUGUAUACCCAUUGAAUGAAUAGUCAUUAGAUUUGAUUUUCGCGACAAUUGUCUGAGAAAUGUCGAAACGGAUUGAAGUGAAAGUGGUUGUGUUGGGCCCUCAGGGUGUAGGAAAGACAUCGCUGUCUAUGGUAUAUACGGGCAAAAAGUUUAGUCGAAGUCUUUCGCCGACAAUCGGUUCUUCAUAUUUUCCAUUCGAGAUGACAAUCAAAGACAUAUCAGUGGUGUUGGAGAUCUGGGACACCGCCGGACAGGAGAGGUUCAGGUCUAUGGCUCCGCUAUACUAUCGCAACGCAAAGGCAGCUCUCGUUGUCUUUGAUAUCACUUGUUAUGAGUCAUUCAAAUCACUCAAAGAGUGGGUCAGAGAACUGUUGCGAAAUACAGACAACUCUAUAAUAGUGUGUAUUGUCGGCAAUAAACUGGAUUUGAAUGCCGAGCGUCAGGUGUCGACCACUGAGGCCGAGGCCUAUGCCCUCACCAUUAAUGCCGAUUACUUCGAGACUUCGGCCAAAACCCACUCCGGAAUCAAUGAAGUCUUCUCUUGUAUUGCAAACAAAAUCACUCGAAUCGGUGAUAAUAAAUGCCAAACAUUUGGUUUUGGCGAUAGUCUCGACAAUAGCUUUACUACUGAUGGACCCAAUGGUCACAAAACAGAUCUCAAAGAAGUCACAAAUGAAAGAUCUUAUAGUUGUUGUAAGGAUUAGUUGCCAACGAAUGAGAUAUUUGUUACUAUUUUAAUGAUUGAAUUGACAACUAUUUUCAUACUUAACACUGAACUCAAUAUUUUAUAGUUAAUAUAUUUUGUAAAAUAUAUUUUUAUGACC